GGAAAAAAAACACGAAAAUGUUUUUGAAUUAUUAAUAAAAAAAAACCCGGCCGGAACCGACUCGACCCGACCCAAAGGUUUGUAAACCCAGCCCCUUCCAAAAGAAAAGAGCCGCUGACAUUAUGAUAUUUCAAGAGCACCAUCGAACUCCGUAGAAGAAGAAGAACCCAAAAGAAACAAGGGAAUAUAAACUCGUCUCCUUGCCCUCUCUCCAAGCAAUCAAGCAAGAAGCCUCCCAGUUCAAGAUGCUCACAGUAAGCGUAAAGUGGCAGAAGAAGGUGUUUGAAGGUAUCGAGAUUGAUGUGACUCUGCCUCCUUAUGUCUUCAAGGCUCAGCUGUAUGAUUUGACUGGUGUUCCACCCGAGAGGCAAAAGAUCAUGGUCAAAGGUGGCCUCUUGAAGGAUGAUGCAGAUUGGUCAGCCAUUGGAGUGAAAGAUGGUCAAAAACUGAUGAUGAUGGGAACUGCUGAUGAGAUAGUGAAGGCUCCUGAAAAGGCUAUUGUUUUUGCUGAGGAUCUGCCUGAAGAAGAGCAAGCCACCAAUCUGGGUUACAGUGCGGGACUUGUCAAUCUGGGCAACACGUGUUACAUGAACUCCACGGUGCAGUGCUUAAAAUCUGUUCCAGAGUUGAAAUCUGCAUUAUCCAAUUACUCACUUGCUGGACGAAGCAAUGAUGUGGACCAGACUUCCCACAUGCUCACAGUUGCCACGCGUGAGCUAUUUGGUGAUCUUGAUAGAAGUGUCAAUGCUGUUUCCCCUACGCAGUUCUGGAUGGUGCUACGAAAAAAAUUCCCUCAGUUUAGUCAGUUGCAGAAUGGAAUGCACAUGCAGCAGGAUGCUGAAGAAUGUUGGACGCAACUGUUAUACACUCUUUCUCAGUCCCUAAAAGCACCAACUUCCAGCGAAGACUCUGACGCUGUAAAAGCUCUUUUUGGUGUCAAUCUUCGGAGCAGGGUGCACUGCCAAGAGAGUGGGGAAGAAAGCUCAGAGACGGAGUCUGUAUAUUCUCUAAAAUGUCAUAUAUCACACGAGGUGAACCACCUGCAUGAAGGACUAAAACAUGGACUUAAAGGAGAACUUGAAAAAACAUCUCCUGCUCUGGGCCGUACUGCGGUUUACCUCAAGGAGUCACUUAUAGAUUCAUUGCCAAGGUACUUGACGGUUCAGUUUGUGCGUUUCUUCUGGAAAAGGGAGACUAAUCAGAAAGCUAAGAUUCUCAGGAAAGUGGAUUAUCCGCUGGAAUUGGAUAUUUAUGACCUGUGUUCUGAGGAUCUCCGUAAGAAGCUGGAAGCUCCUCGCCAGAAAUUGAGAGAUGAGGAAGGUAAAAAGCUAGGUCUGCAAACUAAGAGUAGCUCAAAGGACGGCGAUGUGAAAAUGACGGAUGCAGAGGCGCCAUCAAAUGAGAGUGGAGAAUCAUCCACCGCUGCCCAACAGGAAGGUGCAGGUGGUUCUUCUUCUGAGAAAGGGACUCACAUGACUGGAAUCUAUGACUUGGUCUCUGUGCUGACCCACAAGGGUAGGAGUGCAGACUCUGGUCAUUAUGUUGCAUGGGUCAAGCAAGAGAGUGGCAAAUGGAUUCAGUAUGAUGAUAGCUACCCAAGCGUACAACGCGAAGAAGACAUCACAAAGCUCUCCGGAGGAGGUGAUUGGCAUAUGGCGUACAUCAUUAUGUACAAAGCCCGCUUCGUCUCCAUGUGAUCUCUCUCUCUCUCUCUCUUUCUUUGGUUGAUUUUUUAAGUUCUUGAAACAUUCAAUAUGGUUCAAACCUCAGAGAUUUCAUGUUUUUUAUUACAUUGUUAAGAGACUUGUUUUUGUAGCAAUACUGUUAAAGACAUGUUUCAUCUUGUUACAUUCAUUUUUAGCCAACA